AUGGCGGUUACUAUAGUUUUGUGGCCAAUCCUUUGGGUCCUGGCUGCCAUAGUCGCCUGGAAGGUCCUCAAAUCGGAAAACGGCCCAGACCCGUUCGUUUUCUGGAGCCUCGGCCUCGGUUUCCUGGUCUUCCUCGUUCAAAUUCUCAUCGUUCCGAUCCUCCCGGCGGGUCUUUUAUUCGAGCAUUCGGGUUCGUGGCCUUCAGAAAAAAUAGGACGCAUUGGGUUAGGUUGUGAGAAAUCAAGAGAGCACAGAGAUGAGAGGGAAGUCUAACUGUCUGGCGUCUCUUCAGAGUGCCGUUGAUCUAUUCCCUCUGCCAAUUUCGAAAACUUCUAACCCAAGAACUAAGAAAGAAAUAGAAACGUACAGAAGCGAGAGAUCAAAGAAAACUUGAAGAGAGGUCAGAGAAAUAGAGACACUCUCUUUCUCUGUGUCUCUUCAGAGAGUUUUCAGACUAUUCCUUUUUGAAACUUAAAAAAUUCAGAACAAAAAUAAGAAGAGCGAGAGACCAACAAAGGCUUGAAGAGAGGUCAGAGAAACAGAGAAACUCUCUUUCUCUGGUAUCUCUUCAGGACUCUGUUGAUCUCUCGCUCCGAUUUUUCGUUUUUAACAAGCCUUAGUUCAAAAUGAAGUUAAAAGGUGCGAAAUGGAUCUACAAAUUUUCUCAAACUGAUUCAAAAUGUACUGAGAUUUCAUUAAUGACUUGAUCGAAAAUCGGCUUCAAGUUGGGGUCGGAACAUAUUUAAUUUUGAGCAGUAAAGAAUAGAAAAUUCAGCUAAAAAAAUAGGCCUGAAACUCGACUGAAAAUCAAAAAAAUCGUUCAAAAAUAUGCUAUGUUUUUCGAAAAAUCCGAGUUUUCUGGCUUCAAAAUGGGAUUUUGAAUCACUUUUCCGAAUUGAGAAUGGCCGGGUGCGUCGCGGUUGCACUGCGGUUCGAAAAUAAACCUAGUAACUCCAAAAAGUUUUCAAAUUUUCUGAGAUUUUAUGGGUCCCAUAGAGUUCUAUUAGGUACCAAUAGAUGGAGAAUUUAUUCCUUGUUCAAGUCGAAACCAAAAAUCAUAAAUUGGUUCAGCAAUGCUGGAAUCGUCGGCGAUCAACAUCUCGGCACUGAUCUCCGUUUCUGGUGAUCCGCAGAAUCUCCACUCAUUUGCACCAGAGCCGCACUUCCCAAGCCGUCGCUGGACUUCUCGCCUUCCAGAUUCUGGCAAACAGACGAGCAAUUUUCGAAACCAUCUUCUCUAUGCUCGGCUUCACCAUGAGCCAUGCCAAAUAA